UUGUUAUUUUCAUCUUGUUUGGCAACAGCUGAUCCAGACUCAUCCACUCUAAAGCCCCGUAAAGCAGAAUUCCCUAAUUCGUGCAAAGUAAAUUGCUCUAAUUUUUGCAUAAUUGAGACCAUUUUUCAUUUUAUUAAUUUUGUUCAAAUACAUUAUGUCGAAGCCCCAAGCCAUGUUGCACUAUCAGAAUAUUCAAUAUACGCGCGUGAUGAAUCUAAAGUACAAAUCCAAAUAUAAACGACUAAAAAGGCAAAUCAAAAAUCUGGUUUUCGAAAAUUCUGCACUCUGUGAUGAAGUCGCACAGGUGCAGGCUGAUUUGGCUUCGUCACGUGAAGAGCGGCGCUACUUAAUCAAGCGACUCAUGCGCCACGAGGGUGUCGAAACUAUAGACCAACAGCAAACGGAGCAAGAAGCCAACGCGCCACAACCAAAAGGGGUAGGUCAGAUGGGUAAUUCAGUGCCAAAGAAACGAGGUCCGAAGAAGCGUUUGCAACCGCUGCAGCGUCAAGAAAAAAUUGACAAACGCUACAAGCCGCGCGACAAAGUGACUUUGGAUGCCACCGGCAAACCCAUUUAUCCGAUCAAUUUAUGCAAUAUACUUAUACAUUCACCUGGUGAGAUUAUUCCCAUCAAUCCAAACUUUCAUACAGCAAAUUGGAUCUAUCCCGUCGGUUAUGUGGCCACUCGCAUAUAUGCACAUCCCAAAGACCCGCAACGGAAGUGUGUGUACACAUGCAAAAUACUUAAUAAUGCAGGUAUGCCGCAAUUUCAAAUAAUACCAGACAAUGACCUGGACAGUGUUUUCUUUGGCGAAUCGGCUAAUAUAUGCCAUAAGGGCCUGCUCGAAACUUUGCAACGCACCUUAAUCGAUGUUGUGCAAUUACCUUUGCAAGUGCAAGGCGAGAAAUUUUUUGGACUCGCCAAUCCGACUGUAAAAUCACUGCUGCAGAUGGACACUGGCUAUACGCAGUGCUCAAAUUUUAAAGGAUUUCUGGAGGAGACAGAUACCAACGGUAGCGAAAAUUUAUCUUUGCUCGAAGAUAAGGAUCCCACAAUGAGUUUUGAUGCAUUGCAAACGUUGAUCGCGGUGUCAACCUAUCACAAUAUGCCCGAAGUAAAGGAUGAACCACCUGACGAGCUGCUGGACUUCAAGUAAAUCAAAUAGCUGAUAUUUUAAAAAAAGUUGAUUUAUUGC